UCUAAAACUGAGAGCCACACACACAGAACAAACGCUUUGAAGUUGAACUGUCCGCCCAAGUGCCUGUCCUCUCAAACACAGAAUUCUCACAAUUCAGAGUCUUCACUUCAGACCCCAAGACUAACACACUAACACUACAGUCUACAGAUAAGCCUACGUAGCCAAACCAAAAAACCAGUUAUUAUAUUCUUUGAAAAUAAAACAAACCCAGAUUUAUUUAUUUUUUUGUAAUGUGAAUUCCGAGAACCCAUUUGGGAUUAGACUAUGAGAGCCUGAGUGACCAAACCCACUUCUCAAAAUUCAGUCUUUUUUGUUUCUGUUUUUGAGUUCUGCUGCAUGAGUAGGAAGGAACCCAUUUGGUUCUCCUCCUUCAAGCCACAUCACUUGAAGAAGAAGAAGAAAAAGAAGCAACCAUGGCUACACUGGUCACAGCAACAAUCAACCAUUCCUCACUUCCUUUCACUUCAUUCAACAAAUUCUCGAUCCCCCAAGUUUCUAUACGGCUGCCACCACCUUCUUCUCGAGUUCAUAAUCGAUUCUCUUCUCGCAGAUUGUUGAGUUUCCAACCUUACAGUUCUUGCAGGUUUGAUAGUUUAAUUUCAAGCUGUUCGAUAACAAAUGCCGAUGUACAGUUCAACCAGGUUGCCGCUGAGGAUGAGCUCCCACAAGAUUUUUCAGAACUUGAACCUAACUGUUCAGUCCCAAUUGUUCAUCUCAAAUCUGAAAUUCUUGAGACUGAAUCAUUGAAUUUACUGACAGAAGAGACUUAUGUAGAUGGUCAUUUCACAAAUUUGCCUGUCUUAUCAGAGGAGGAGCAAAAUGCCCUUGCAGCAACUCCAGCCCAUCCAGCUGGAUUAUAUGCUCUUUAUGCCAGUUGUGUUGCUGGGAAUUUAGUGGAGCAGCUUUGGAAUUUUGCUUGGCCUUCUGCUAUUGCAUUGCUCCAUCCAAGUCUUCUACCGGUGGCUGUCAUAGGAUUCUUCACUAAGCUUGUAAUAAUUGGUGGAGGACCUUUGAUUGGAAAACUUAUGGACCAUUUCCCUAGAGUACCUUCAUAUAUUUGUUUGAAUAUUGUCCAGGCAGCUGCACAGUUGUUAUCUGCAUCAAUGAUUAUUUAUGCCCACUCUGUUCCUCAUAGCUCCACUUCAUCUAUGCUUCUACGUCCUUGGUUCAUUGUGCUAGUAUUAGCUGGGGCUGUUGAAAGGCUAUUUGGAGUGGCAACAGGGGUUGCUAUGGAGCGUGAUUGGGUUGUGCUGUUAGCAGGAAUAAAUAGGCCAAUUGCACUUGCGAAAGCAAAUGCUGUUCUAAGCCGAAUUGAUCUUCUCUGUGAGAUAGCUGGAGCAUCCCUAUUUGGCGUUCUUCUCUCUAUGUUUGACCCAGUGACUUGCUUGAAGUUUGCUGCUGGUUUGAUGUUAUGCUCAUUGCCCUUUGUGGUUGUCCUCACAUGGUUAACCAACAAGCUCUCUACUGGUGUUCUUGAUCGAACUAAAAUUUCACAAACCUAUUGCAGAACGUCUACUGGGGAAUCCUUGCCUGAGGAUGACAAUAUAGUGGAUAUAGGUCUGGAAGCUAUUAAACAUGGGUGGAAGGAAUACAUACAGCAGCCAGUUCUUCCUGCAAGCCUAGCCUGUGUGCUACUCUACUUCAAUGUGGUUCUCACUCCGGGCAGUUUGAUGACAGCAUUUUUAACACAGCGUGGUCUAAAUCCAUCAAUCAUUGGAGCAUUUAGUGGAGUAUGUGCUUUUAUGGGAGUUGCAGCAACAUUUAUAUCUUCAGAUUUAGUCAGGCGAUUUGGAAUUUUAAAGGCUGGAGCAGUUGGAUUGAUAUUUCAGGCUUCACUUCUUACCUUAGCUGUUGGAGUAUAUUGGAGUGGAUGUCUUACUCAGCAGAGCCCCCUUCUUUUCUUCUUAUCUUUGAUUGUAUUAUCGAGAUUAGGACACAUGUCAUAUGAUGUUGUGGGGGCACAGAUUCUACAAACUGCAAUCCCAUCAUCGAAAGCAAAUAUUAUUGGGACAACAGAGGUUGCAGUUGCUAGUUUGGCAGAGUCUGUAAUGUUGGGAGUUGCAAUUGUUGGAAACGAUGCUUCACAGUUUGGUUUUCUUGCAAUGCUGUCACUUUUAUCAGUGGUUGGGGCAGCAUGGAUGUACUGCCGAUGGUUGUUGAAUCCAACAGACGAACAAAGAAGUCUUUUCUCUUUUGAUCCUCAUUUUUAGUUCUCAUUCAGUUGAUCUUUCACUUUCAUUAGUGUGAAGGCUGUGUUUUUGACACAAGUUGGAGACAAGAUCUAUAAAUAUACCACAAUAUCCACGAUUAUCUAUAUAUAGACAUGAGGUAUAUAUUCUUAACUCGAUUGGUUCACCAUUAUUGUGGUGAAAUCACUUAGCUGUAUAAUUGCUACAUGCCUUUGUAUAUAUGAAAUGGAUGGCCAGUUUUGAAAAAUUAAAUUUUCAUUGAUGUAGGAUUGCAGCAAUACAAACAUCUGAACACAUGAAAGCAUUGAUUAAGUCAAUAUAUAUAUAUUGAAAAGUUAUGGUUUAGACCCUGUUGAUUAAA